AGGCUGUGGUCUGUACUGGGACUACAGCUAUGGAGGAGCAGGGAAAUGGGAAGAAACCAGAAAUUGGUCGAAGACAGUCUGAUCUCGAGUCUGAGACAGUCUCAUGCGAUCCUACUAAUGAGGAAGACUUUGUGUUACUUGAGGGGGAUGAGACUUGGAUGCCACCUGAUGGGGAAAACAGCACCGCUUUUGACGACAGGAUAAAAAGAGAGAAUCCUCAAUCAUCCAUUAAAAGAAGAGCUGAGGUGGACGCCUCUGGUGGCUACAGGGGCGACAACCGUCCGCAAACUUCUCGGUAUUCCCCUCAAGAAAAGGGCACCGACAAGACAAGCAGAAGAAAUUCAGACACGACCGACUGUGUGGAAGCACAUGCAAAGAGUUCAACCAACGCCUGUUUUGAGAGGGAAAUGGGUCAACAUUUGCCUGAAGUGACAGGCAGCAGGUGUCGGCUAAAAGGAGUCAGUCAUGUUAGAGCUGCCCACACUGAGACAACUGGCAGGGGAGAAGCCGAGAGGGAGCUGAACGUGAAUGAACACAGCAAGAGGCAAGUUUCAGCUAACAUUCAUAACAGGGGUUGGGAAGAGGUAGAUCCUUCCUUAAAAGAAUCAGAAAAACAAGAUAAGGAAAGCCACAAUUCAGGAUCUAUUGCAGCGAAAACACAAGUGGGGGCCAAUCAGCCCCAUCAGAGCAGGUUUGCUGGUGCUGUAUCUAAGAGGGCUAAAGCAGGUACUCCUCGCUCCUAUAACAAGAAAGAGGACAGCCAAGUGCUCUGCAACACCGCCAGCUCUCAACGCCCAAAGCCUCCUAGCCCUGAAACACAACCUCUGCAAGACGACCCCUCAAUUUCAUUGGAACAAUGUGACCUGAUCCCUUGUCCUUCUCUGGGAGGGAAUGAAAGCACUGAUGAAAAGAAACAGAUUGCAAGCUUAAAGAGGGAGAGCGAGAUUGUGUGUUUCUCUGCUGUUGUCACCCCGCCACCUGUAACUCAUUGGUUGCCCAAGAGAAACACAUCAACGGAAACAGAAACGGGUUCAAGUGUGGUCAAUUCAGAGCCGGUGCAAGACACCACCCACGCCUCAAGUGAUGUGAAAGAUGGUGAGACCAUGCCAAAAGAAAAACCCAAAGCUAAAGGUCCACCUCCACCUGUGGCCAAAAAACCUAAAAACCCAUUUAUAAAGCUCAAAACUGCGCAAUUGAUGUCUACUGACGUGCAAAGGCGAGGGAAAGAUCACCUGCGUUCUGAGGAGAGGGUCAAGAGAAGACACACUUUUCAUUUUAACAAAGACCCCCCGUCCCACAUUCCACUCAAUCAGGACAUGUGCGUGCUGUGGGACGAGAGGGGCACCUACACAGCGCCGACCAACAGACGGCCGCUGUCGGUAGACCUCAGCCCUUGGGAACACCUUUCGCUCGGACACAUGGAUGAUCGGUAUGGAGAUAUGAUUGACUUCGACUACUGCGUGCGUAUGGCAAAUCUGUCCCCAGAGGAGGACCUGCAAAACUUUGACAUGUUGGAGAGAAGGGUGUUCCUGGAGAGACGAAACAGAUUUAAAAGCUCACCUACACAUGUGCCAAAAAGGCCCCAAAAUAAUCUUGCAUCCGCGGAGGCUCUAGACAUACCCGAGGUCCCACCAGACACUGUAAUCCAAAGACAAACACCUGCUUGUUCAAGGAACAGAGAAAUCUACCCUGCGGUAUCUGAAAGACUCUGCGCACAGGUGAGCGACAACAACCAUGGUGUCUACGAAGACACGCGUAAAGACAUGACUGACUACAGUGGUGACAGGGACGCAGGGAGUGGCGGUGAGGUGGAUUCGUACAAACCAGUGGCGGAAAUUAUCAGAGAGACAAAUCAACUGCAGCGACAUCAAGGCCGGGUCAAACCUGAAGGGGCCAAAGCUCAAGUUCGGGUGGCGGAGCAGAGUCCAAGUGUGAAAGUAUCCCAAAUGAAGACUGCCUUUGACGUCCCAAAGAAAUCCAGAGAGAGACCACCACAACCUCAAACACCUCCGAAGAAAGACAUGCUGCGGCGAGUUGUGCGACAGAGCAAGUUCCGCCAUGUCUUUGGCCAGGCCGUGAGGAACGACCAGUGCUACGAUGACAUCCGCGUGUCCAGGGUCACAUGGGACAGCUCCUUCUGCGCCGUCAACCCCAAAUUCGUUGCCAUCAUCAUCGACGCCAGCGGGGGAGGAGCCUUUCUCGUCCUUCCCCUACAAAAGACUGGCCGUAUAGACAAGGUCUACCCUACAGUAUGUGGUCACACGGGCCCGGUGUUGGACAUCGACUGGUGUCCUCAUAAUGACCACGUCAUCGCUAGUGGCUCCGAGGACUGCACAGUCAUGGUUUGGCAGAUCCCUGAGAACGGACUGGAGAAUCCCCUUUCAGAGCCCGUGGUCGUGCUAGAGGGCCACUCUAAGAGGGUCGGCAUCGUGUCCUGGCAUCCCACCGCUCGCAACGUUCUCCUCAGCGCAGGGUGUGACAACCAGAUUGUCAUUUGGAACGUGGGCACGGGAGAGGCCAUGAUCAACCUGGAGGACAUGCACCCUGAUGUUAUCUUUAGUGUCAGCUGGAGCCGCAACGGCAGCCUGCUCUGCACCGCCUGCAAGGACAAGAAGGUCCGCGUCAUCGACCCCCGUAAAAAGAAGGUCAUCGCGGAGAAGGACAAAGCUCACGAGGGAGCUCGACCAAUGAGAGCCAUCUUUUUAGCAGACGGAAACAUAUUCACUACUGGAUUUAGCCGCAUGAGCGAGCGCCAGCUAGCCCUGUGGAAAACCGAUAACAUGGAUGAGCCGAUAUGUGUUCAAGAGAUGGACUCCAGUAACGGAGUCCUGCUGCCCUUCUAUGACCCCGACACAAGCGUGGUUUACCUGUGUGGAAAGGGUGACAGCAGCAUUCGGUACUUUGAGAUCACCGAUGAGGCGCCGUUUGUUCACUACCUCAACACCUUCUCCACCAAGGAGCCCCAGAGAGGCAUGGGAUACAUGCCCAAAAGAGGCCUGGAUGUCAACAAAUGUGAAAUCGCAAGGUUUUACAAGCUACACGAGAGAAAAUGUGAGCCAAUCAUCAUGACAGUCCCCCGUAAGUCGGAUCUGUUCCAGGACGACCUGUAUCCCGACACGGCCGGCCCCGAUCCCGCCCUGGAGGCAGAGGAGUGGUUCGCCGGGAAGAACGGCGGGCCAAUCCUGAUCUCGCUCAAAGACGGCUACGUGUCCACGAAGAACCGCGAUCUGAAAGUGGUCAAGACGAAGAACGUCCUGGAGACCAAGCCGGCCACAAAAGCAGAAAACAUCCCGACUGUCCCGAAGCAUGUUUCAGCUCCACAGCCCUCUGUAAAAAUGGAAGACAAACUGGAAGAGGUACUUCGAGAGUUCAAGUCACUCAGGGACCGCGUCAUCCUCCAAGACCGUCGAAUCGCCAGACUGGAAGAGCAGGUCGCCAAGGUGGCCAUGUGAAGACACCGGCUCCUUCCCAGGAUCGUUCAUCAUUUUGGAAGGAACCAAAAUGGAGGGGGGUCAGCCAAAAUUCUCACUUGAUUCGGCUUCAUUGAGCUUGGCGUCGUCCCUGCGACGACACCGGGCCGACAUUCCAAGACGAACUUUAUUUUUUUCCUCAUCAAGUUUCACUCUACGCCCCGACACACAGAGAAAAAGGAAAAACUCUCGCAGCAGCUCAUGUACACAUUUGAAGAAAAAGACAUUUUUGUUGAAGGAAAAAAAGUCUUAAGUCUUUUUUUUGUUGUUUUUUAUCGUUUUCAAAUUUGUGGUAAAACAUUCUCAUGUGAAGUUUGUACUUACUACUCAAAAAACUGUAUGUAGCAUCAGUAUUUCCAUUGUUACUCUUUUGUGUUGCCAAAUACGAAUCGUGUGCGGUUUUCAUGCACUGCUUUUACAUUUUUAUUUUUCUCUCCUGUCGUACAUUCCAGACACAACCUGGUAGAUUUAUUUAGUCGAGCUGGAGUUUUUUUGUUUUGUUUUUUUUAAACAAUAGCUGUUUUUCCCUCCCAGCAGUUUGCUCAUUGAUAAACCAUCAGAUUUAUGAAUGUGGAAGAAUUUCCUGGAUUCUUCGCUUCUGUUCCUGUUUCUUCUGGGCUUGAAAAUUCGACAUUGGGUUUUAUUGGGGAGGGAGGAGGGGGGGUUGCAUCUCUCUGGUGUAAAUGUUGUGCAAAUGUAGUGGUGCCUCUCGUCACUGUUAAGGGUCAAUCUACAGUCGCCCUCUCCAGUGCGUAUUUGGUGUUGGGAAGGGACCACUCACCCAGCUUGUGUUUCACUGAACCCCUGACAAACAGUUCUGUGCACAUAAUAAAGAUUUUACACAUGAAAAA